AUGGUCGCCCAAACCGCCGCGUUCAAGAAAGCAGUCGAAGAAUCCCGCAAGCUCAAGGCAAAACCCAACAAUGACGAGCUUCUAGAGCUCUACGCAAACUACAAGCAAGGAACCGGAGAAGACUUCUCAAAGGCCACGCAGCCCGGCACUUUCGCUUUCCAGGAGAAGUACAAGUACAAUGCCUGGAAGAAGGUUGCCGUCGAAGACAAAGUCACACCCUCUGCUGCCCAGCAGCACUACGUCCAGUUGGUCGAGAAGCUGAAGGGUAGCUACGGCUUCGAUGCCUAA